UGUAGACAGGAGCUACGAAGAUUCCCCCCAAGUUUUUCGUGAUAAAAAUUCAUUGGUAUUCUAUUAACUAAGCGGUUUUGAUUGUGAAAAGUUGAACGUUAGCCACGGAACAUUGUGUUGUGAUAUCUUUUCACACCGAAGUUAAUCGAAAUACGUCUGAAAAUGAAUAAUUUGCCUUCGUAUAAGGAUCAUGUGAAAAACUUUUAUCCAGAAAAUUACAAAAUGGAUUUGUCGGAAACGAUGAAAGCCGCACUUUCGAAAGGACCCUCGUCGGUGGGAGCCCAAGGUUCCGGCUCCGUGCAUAAUAUGCAGGCGGAGAUGCAAAAUGCAAACGCAAUGCCUGGGAUUGGUUAUGUUACGGAAAAGCUGUACAUGUUGCUGCAGUUGUAUUUACAAAAUAAGGGAUGGAAUCCCAGCGUGGAGUUGCUGCAAUGUUUUUCGGAAUUAAAGGACAGUGCGUUGCUCCCAAGCGCAGCGUAUUUGCAAGUAUUAGCCAAUCGUUUAACACUAGACGCUCAAGGUCGAUUGAUUCUCCGUGAAAAUGGAAAAAUCGUCCUGCCAUUUGAACAUUUCGCGAAUGCGGUCAUGCUUAAACAUAUGUCGGGUCCUCACGGUCUUCAUCUAAGUGUUGAUGCCACAGUACGAGCAGUUGUCGAAUCAUAUACAAUCGGCCGUGAAAAUUUCGGAAUGGAGAAAGAUUUUAUCGUUGAAGUUGUCCAAUCAUGCCCAAGCCCAGCAUGUCGAUACUAUAAAAAUCACAUGGGGAUGGGACCAUUGCCCUUCAUGGAUCAAGCAUUCCAAGGAGUUUCGCCGGAAUUUAUGCAUCUACCUCCGCAUCCACCGAUGGGAAAUGAAGUCGAUAUGACUAAAGGACAUAGUAGUCAGAAAAUGGCGCAAAUGCAACACAUGUCCAAGCAACAACAGUCAAGUGUUCAAUCGAAUGUCAACGUGCAGCAACAAGCACAACAACAACAGCAUCAGCACCAACAACAGCAGCAGAUUACAGCAGCUAUCAUUCAACAACAAAAUCGUGCUAUCGCUCAACAGAAUCUCGAGAAAUUUGGAAAUAUGUCACCGAUGGAUAAGCAACGUGUACUUCAGCAGCUCGAUAAGAAACACUACGAAGUUCCAAAUGUCCUUCCACCGUCUCCAGUUAUGCCACCCAUGCAAGUUAUGAAUCAGAACAUAUCUCAAUCCAGUAACCCACCGAUGUCCCAACAACAGCAGCAACAUCAACAGCAACAACAACAUCAACAGCAGCAGCAACCGCCACUACCGCAGCCGACACAUAUUCCUUCUCCCAGUACUUCUUCUGUUUCAUCAUCAUCAUCACAGUCUGGUGAUUCCCAAAAGGGUAGUAGCAGUGAAUUAUUAAGGUCGAAUUUAGAGUCUCUUGAAUCCAACAAGGAUCUUCUCGCCUUACAUAAUGGUGCGUGGAGUAAUCAAGACAGUCGUGAAGGUAUUGUCGUUGGACAGGAUAAAAUAAUUCGAGCCUUUGGGGAAUUGAUGCGAAAUAUGGCUCGUAUGAAGACUUUUAUACGUCCAUCAAUGUGUAAGCCGUAUGGGAAGCAGAGUGAAAGUCUUCAAAAAACUCUCAUGGACACAAUUCAACUAGUUCAAUCGUUAAGGAACUGUUUGCCAGCACCUCAUAUUCCGGUAAGUUCCUGGAAAAGUGAAGAUCGUCACCGUAAAGAUACACCAGAGUUGGUGGCAAGAGUUGAAAACUAGGUGGAUGGCGAUUGCUUAAAGGAUUAUUUAGAGUUUUGGUAUCUAUUUCGAAAAAUUAGGAGUAUUGUGUUAAGGUUCCUGAUUCAACUGAUUGUGAUUGUCGCUAUAAAUUUUAAAGUAAGACAGUUCAAGUCGCUUGAAAUAUCAGCAGUGCCAGCGAACGUUGAAAAAUCAUAUUAUUUGCGACAUUUUAUAAUUUAUAUUUUUUAUUUGAAAUGUCUAAAAAUUAGUGUUUGAUAUGAAGAGCCACAUUUUAUGGUCUAGGAUUAUGCAAAUGUGAUAUAAGACGCGUGUGGUUAAAAUUAGGAAAAUUCUAUUUAUUUGAAUGUCUGCUAAGUAGAAAGGACUUUAGAUAUUGAAACAACGAAGUCAAAAAAUAAAAAUAUAUUUAAUUUGUUUGUUGGGUUUGAGAGUCAAUUCAAAAUUGACAUUUUUUAUUAUUAAAACAAUCGCGUGAGUUCUUCAUAUCAAAUAUCUAACAAAAGACAACUUAAUCUUCUAGAAAAAUGUUUUGUCAUCAAAUUGGUAAAAUUUUAAUGGUUUAUCGGAAAGUUAAACUUUCUUCAACGGUUUUAUUUUAGAAGAAAUGUACUUUGUGGGUGCGCUAUUACGAAACCCCGUUGAAUUACUUCUUUGUUGAUGUAUUUUGAAAUCUAUUCUAUUCAGAGAGUUUGAUGAAUGGGUUUGAAUAAUGCAAUUGUCAGUUAGUCGAACUUCAAAGUUAUCGCCCUUGUCAAAUAAACAUUUUUUACAUAGCCACAAGCGAUCAAACAAGUAAAGGAUGAUUUUAUCCACAGUUGACGUAAUCACUUUCUAGUAGGGUGCUGCAUAUUAAAGCCUCUAUUAAUGCAUUUUAUGAGUCUAGGAUGAACUUUGGGAGGGUUGGCAGUACAUUUACAAAUAUAUCAUAUUAAUAUAUUAUUAUUAACUUUAUUUGAACAGACAUUGGUAUGGAGGGUGCUUCGGAGCCUAGACGUCAUAUAGAGGCAUCAUCAUGAUUUUUUUUUUUCAGAUUUUUCUGGCGGGUAGUUUUUGAGAAAGGCCCUUUAAUUUGAGUGACCCCUUUACGAUCCCUUCACUCCCCUGUUCCGCAAUCGGCUUCAAAACUAAGACUGAUUUGGAAAGUACUAAUCGAGACCUUUCAUUUGUUACAUGACUUUAUUCAGUGAAAAAAAAGGUCUACAU